UAUCUGAUAACGUGCGCUGGCUGUUGGCAAGGUACGAACUCGUACAUGUGACAUGCACUGCCGAGACCGGCUGGCGUAAUUAUCCAACCAACAAGAUAUGAAGUGAUUCCAUUUUUCAGAUCAGUCCUUGGCCAGCCGGUAGCCCAAACCCAUCAUCGAAUCAAAGGGUAAAAAGACCAAAAAUCAGUUAAUCAUGGAAAAUUCUACAGGCAAGCCAGCAGCAGCAGCGCCCGAGGGCAUCGCUGGGGCCCGCAACGAGGCGGCCCUGCUGUCCCUGAUGGAGAAGACCGGCUACGACAUCGUGCAGGAGAAUGGCCAACGUAAAUUCGGCGGGCCCUGCCCAGGCUGGGAGGGCCAGCCGCCCGGCCGAGGCUGCGAGGUCUUCGUGGGCAAGAUUCCCCGGGACCUGUUCGAGGACGAGCUGGUGCCGGUCUUCAUGAAGGUGGGCAAGAUCUACGAGCUGCGGCUCAUGAUGGACUUCAGCGGCAACAACCGCGGCUACGCCUUCGUCAUGUACACCAACCGGGAAGACGGCAAAAAGGCCGUCAAACAGCUCAACAACUACGAGAUCCGCAAAGGCCGCUACCUGGGUGUCUGCCCCAGCGUGGACAACUGCCGACUCUUCGUGGGCGGGAUCCCCAAGAACAAGAAGAAGGAGGAGAUCCUGGCUGAGAUGGCCAAAGUCACCGACUACGUGGUGGACGUGAUUGUCUACCCCUCGGCUACGGACAAGACCAAGAACCGGGGCUUCGCCUUCGUUGAGUACGAGAACCACCGGGCGGCCGCCAUGGCUCGGCGGAAGCUCAUACCGGGCAGGAUCCAGCUGUGGGGACAUCAGAUCAUGGUGGACUGGGCUGAGCCGGAACGAGAAGUGGACGAAGACAUCAUGAAAACGGUUAAAAUCCUGUACGUGAGGAAUCUCAUGCUCCACACCAGCGAAGAGACCGUCCAGAGUGCCUUUGGUAAAAAAGUCAAGGAGGGCGCCGUGGAGAGAGUGAAGAGGAUGAAAGACUUCGCCUUUGUUCACUUCCAGACUCGGGAGGACGCCUGUCAGGCGAUGAAAGACAUGAACGGAGAACAAAUUGACGGCUCCACCGUUGAGGUGGUCUUUGCCAAGCCGGCUGAGAAGAACCCCCUGGCGCGGUUCCCCCGGGCCGGGGCAGGCAGGGGAUACAUCCAGCCCGGGGCCUACGGCUACGGGGGUGCGGCCUACGAGCAGCCGUUGGCCGUCCAGCAAAGCCCGCCCUACUACCAGCCCUACAGCAACACUGGGGGUAUGAAUGGGUUCGGCAACGCUGGACGAGGUGGCCUGGCCGCACGUGGGUCCUUCUCCCCCAGGGGUCGUGGGCGUGGUGCCGCUGGCAUGCGAGGGGCGGGAGGCAUGCGCAGCUACGGUGGGCUUCAAGCCGGUGGCCGCGGUGGCUACGCCCGGUACCUCGACGGCCGGAAACCAGCUGAGUCAAGGCUUUACGAUAUUAUCCCCGGAAUGGAACUGACACCCACCAACCCAGUAACCCUCAAGCCGCAGAAGAGUUUUGUCCAGAUAUUAGAGGAAGAGUGUACCAAACACAACUGGGGUAUACCCACCUACACACUGCUGUCCAGCCGCAGCCCACAAAAUGAUGUCCAGCUCUUUGUCUACAAGGUCCAAAUCCCUGCCUUGGCCCAGAGCUACCCGGCCGGCCUCCAGCCCACCAAGCUCUGCACUAGCGUAGAGGACGCCAAGUCCCUGGCCGCUGAGCACGUCCUCUCCACCACGGGCCUGCCCUUAGAUGGCACAGACAGCGUUUCCACGACUACCAUUGUCACCUCAUCCUCCCCCACCGGCUCAGGCGACUACAUCGCCCCCCACCACCCCCAGGGGGGACCGCCCCCGCCGCCGCCGCCUCAUCCCAACCCCCAUGGGAUGUCGAACGGUGUGGCCAUAACGACUGCUUACCAGCAGACGUAUGUCGGUGUCCCCAUCACCUCGUCACCUCCCGUCCUAAUGACACCAGGUGGUGAUGCACCGGACAGCCCACAGUUCAGCUACGGCGGAUACCAUGGCCACGCCUAUGCCCCUACCUCCCCAAACGAAGUCUACCAGGCUCAGUAUUGAUCUAUGAUUGGCAAAAACAGAAAUCAAUGCAUUGAUCGCCGAGUGAUUUAAUCAGUACGGAUUGCUCAUCAAAUUCAAGAUAUCUACAUGUACUCGUAUACAUUUGCGCAUCAGAUUGAUAUAGAUGGUAUUAGAUCAGAAAUUUUAGAAAAGACAAUUGAUGUUAAAAAUCAAUACCCUACUUCACAAGGAAGCACUACUGUUAUCAACAUUGCUAUCGAUGAAAAAAAAAUCAAUGUAUCUGUCCAUAUGUUGUACCCAGUGAGUAAGGCCACUUGUGUCGAUUUCAAUCACAAGGUUUAAGAAUUUCUGCAUGGUGGGCCUUGUUAAACAAGUAAAUUUGAUGCAGAGUAAACAGAACUAUCGAGAUUGUGGACUUGGUUAAAAGUCCUGUAGAUUUGUAUGAAUACAGAUAAUCAUUUGAUUAUUCCUUAGCUUCAUGCUAAGGAGGUCGUUCACUCUUAGGGUGGUAGCGUUUUAGUCAUCUGGAGCGAUGUGCGCUCCAGAUUAUACAGUUGGAGCUUAUACCAAAGACAAAGAACUUUUCUCUCUUUUUUUUGGUCAACUUGACCAAAGAACAUUGCUGACAAAACCUGCAAUUCUGGGGGAUACCUGAGCAUCAUCAGGAGUCAUCGUUUCAUUAUGGAAAAAGAAACUGUCAGCUUUCCUUCACUGCCAAAAAAUACCCCCGGUUUCCUACCGUAAUUCCAAAUCAUUCCUGGUUUGCUAAAUCACAUUACUUUGAUUGGCCAGCUCUGGCAUCUCUGGUGUGUGGGGGAAUUCCCCCCCAAAUGGAUCAGAUUUGGUGUACAGACUACCAGAUUGUAGGAUAGGGGGGGGUUGUAUGUCAGCAGUUUAAAACUGUUGAUUCGCUUAUUCUUGAGAUUUUUAUUCUUGUAUAUUUCGGCUGUUUACUUUGUUUAUCGUUUCCUUUCUCUCCAGAGAUCAUCUAUCCUUACCAUAGUUAAUAGUGUUUAACUUGGAUUAACUAGUACUGUAGGAUUACAUUAAUUAGCUUUUGUGACAUAUUGAACUGUUAGAUGAGUUGCGAAUGAUGCCAAAGCUGAACUUUAUGUCAAGCAGGUUUUGCGCUUUUCUCUUUUUUUUUAAACAAGUUGGUGAGUUGACUGUGUAAGGUUUGAUUUGACUUUUUGGGUGGAGCAAUUUUUCAGGUUUUUGAAUAUUUCUUGUUGAAUGACCUUGUUACAUUUUUAUGUUUUUGUGUGUUCUGCUUCAGCGAGGAGACAAUUCAGACAUUAAGAUUCCCUUCCUAAAUAUUGUUUUGCGGAUUAGACACGUGUUGAUAAGAUUUUUCUCUUCACCCGAAGUAUCUUCAUGAAUUCCGUCAUUUCAUUCAGUACAUCGUAGUUGCUGGUAGCUUUUUCCAUAAGUUUCAUGACCGUGAAUUUUGUUUUGAGUUAUAUUAAUUAUGCAUGCACAUUAAUUUCAUUUUGUUUAUUUCUCUCUUUCCGUGCCAUGUCGUAAGUACCAAAGUAACUUGUCGUUAUACCUUCACUGAGUUUGAACAGCAAUUGUAGAUCUGGCGUUAAGGAGCUGAUCUGUACCUGUGAGAUGUGAUGAUUUUACUUAGUUCCAAUGCAGUUGAAGUAUUACGGUUCCGGAGGUUUUUUUUUUUUGUAUCAAGAAAUUCUUUCCCGAUCCCGAAGCAUCGUCACUUUUUAGAGGGUUGUUGGUGUGUGUUUUGCAAAAGAAGUGUUUUAAGAUUGCAUGGAAAUGAAAGAUGCACAUUUUAAAGACAGGAAAGCCUACACAAUCGUAUAUGGUAGCAGAUUAGAAAAAUCUUGGGAUUUAUUUGAGACGUGCAGGCAGUUGAGCAGGUGAGGACUUAGAUUAGGAGGAAUUUGGUAAGUACGUGUAAACCCAGUAAAAAAGCUACCAAAAAAAGAAUCUCCAAUAUUUUAUCAUCCUUUUUACCAAGGGGGGUGACUGCCAAUGAACUCUCUGUGCUUUAGGGUGACUCCUGCGGGCUGGAUAGGUAUGGGCAGCCUAACGAAACAAAGUUUCAUCGGAAGUAAAUAGCCCCAUAAAAAUUAUUCUGGGGGGAAAUAAGUUGAGCAAAAUACGACAUCUGGAAAUGAGGCCAGAAAGUCAGGAGGCAAUUUUUAGAAGUGUUGAGGAUCACCCGUGAAUUCCGAAAUUUGUUAAUUUCAAAAUUCUUAACCAAAAAAGACAUUAUCCGGAACCAGCAAGUCCACAUACAGAUUUGUUUUCAUAUGUAUAUCUUUCCAGAGUUCAUUACGUGGUAGAACAGUGCCCAGCUAACGUUUACUGAAAAAAUCCCAAAGGUCGCAGUAUCUAGGUUGUACAGAAAAAUCCACUCUGUCAUUAUGAGUGAAGUAUUGGUGCCCACAACUUGUAGAACACAUUUAAAAUUCCAGUGCCUUAUGAAGGAUACAUCAGUGACUUCCAUUUUAUCAUUUCAAACAAAGAUGGUGAUGGAGUCUCAUAUUGCAAGGUCAGAGGCCAGAUGACGAGUUGGGCUUGCCAUCAAGUGCCGUAAGGCCAUAAAGAUUUGUCGUUUUGAAUGUGUUGAACUGUGACGCAAGUGAAAGAAAAGUAACCGUACUUUUAACCUGUUUCCUGACAAACACUGAGAAAGUGGACCUGCUGGUUUCCCUGUUUGCCUAUACUCUUGUCAUAUACGAGUGUGCUAACGUGUCGAUAUUUAUAUAUGCAAAGUGUUUAUUAUACAUAGCUUAUAGCACAAAGUUCCUGACCACUUUCUGUAUUGAGAAUUUUAAACAGAUGCGCCCCCCCCUGGGGGGCUGGUCGGCACUUGCUGAAAUGUACAUUCAACUUGCAACAGUAGUAUUCGCGUCAUCGACAAGAGUGCACAAGACCAAGCGUAUAACACCUGGAAAUGUUUUAUUUUUUCACCAGUUCUCGCUGUAAAGCCCUUUUAUCUUUGUACAAAAAAAAGGAAAGGAAAUCAACUCAUCUUUUUAAUGAAAGAAGUUACAGUACUGUUGUUGCCAAACAAUGUUGUGUGUUUGACUAGCCACGAAACUGCCACCAAAAGAGAAGAGUGUUUUUUGUUUCGUUUUAGAAAAACGUAUAUGCAGAGUUGGUUAUUAAGUUGAUGUUAUGGAGGAAUUUUUGGGGUUUUUUUUUUUUUCCUUGUUAGAAGAGGCUUUGGUUCUACGUUUUAGGGGUGUGGGUCUCCAAGAGAGUGUUGCCCUUUUGCCCAGGUUAAAUGUGGGCUGUGUGCACAUCUGCAGAGUGGUCUAAAAUGCCUGAUUGAUUGGGGUAGUCACGGAUACUUGCCUGCCGUCCCUGCUGGGUGCAUUUCCAUGCAUGGCUGCCAUGCUGUUGUGCACAUUCAGUUGAAAAAUGCAUGAUGAUCUAGUGGUGAUGCACUACCAGAAAUCCUCCUCUGCAGUUUGUGCAUGAAGCCCACGGUUCAGAGGGCAGGUAUUGUCAUAAAUAGCUGAUGGUCGUCUUUCCCUUCAACUACAUGUAGCUUCAAACAUCUCACCCAGCUUGGAACACCACAUAGCGAGUUGCAUUAUUUUAAAACACUUCAAUUUCUCUCUGCUGAUGUUAUGGUUAGCAUUUCAGUUUACUUUACAGCUUUUCUAAGGGAUGUUUUUAUUAAAAAAGUCACAAAAAGGAAAAGAACAAAAAAACUGAAUAAUGUAGACUUCCAGUCGCAUUCCAACAAAUUAAAUAUGAAUUAUUCAUUCUUCAGACUUGAUGAAUAUUCAUCAGUGUAACGAUUAGCUGUCUCAGGCUAUGGAAAUUCAUAUGAGAGGCAUAGAUUCCAUGAACUAUUAUCCACAGCACCCAAUCACAGAUUGACUUUGCGACUCCUGAAAUUCCAUGAUUCAUUUGCAUAUCAUGAAUAUGCAUGUUGAGAGUAUUCCCAAUAUACUUAGAUAUUCGUAGAGUUUGUACGAAAGGCUUUGCCUGGAACAGUUGUGAAAUGAGCAGGUAUUUAUUUGAGUAAGAGCGCAUUUCCUGCAUAUUUAAGUUUUGCAAUCAUGUAAAGACUUGCUCCAGUCUCACUGAAAAAGGAAAAAAAGAUCAACUCACUUUUUGAGUAUUUAAAGACUGCACUUAUCACCGAGGUUCUGUCAUUACUGCGAGAAGAUGUUGCCUUAUUCAUGUGAAUUUAUGUUUAGGUUUCCAACUUGCUAUACAAACCCUAGUUCACAGGAACAGGGCCUGUAAGGCAAGUAAUUAGCCUUCAAAAGAAUGUUUGUACAUUCUAUAUAAGGUAAUGACGUUUAUCUGAAAGGAAAUUUGAACAUAAAUUGGUACAAGAGUUGGGCUUGUGGACGUACAUGUACAUAGAACAUGAUUUUUGGUAUGAAAGAAGUCAUGUGAGUUUGAACGGAGUGAAUAUUUUCGGCUGCACUGUCCAGCAGGUUAUCACUGUUCCAUGCAGAAUUACAUGCAUCGUGAGGGUAACUUUUAUUAGACGGUUCACAUGUUUCUUGACCAGCUCUGUUUUGUUACCCUGAACCCCCUUGGUCAGAAUUUUGGCAGGUUGAUUGUUUGCAGCCAAUCAGAAAGUAUAUCUCUGGACAGGGCAGCCGGGACUGCACAGGGCUCUAACUGAACCUUGGCUUUUCAUAUCCAAAUAUGGACAUUUGGCUUCCAGAAGUCAAAGGCUUUGGAGUGGAUUCUGAAGUCGAUGAUGAUCUGAAUGUUAGAAACGGAGCCGAGGUUUGAAAAAAAGGCAAUUUAGUGGAGCUCUGUGUGUUGUUUUGGAAAAAGAGUCGGAUAAACUUUGCACUUGCAUUGGAAUUAAUUGAACGACGUUUAAACUGUUGACGCUGUACGUAGAGAUAUUUUCAAGUUGUUGAAAUUCUUGGAGUAGUUGUACUGUAGGUUUUCUUGCAGUUUAUUCUAGUUGUGAACUAGCAGCUUAGGAUUAGAGAAUUCAAAACAUUACUAUCAAUCUGUAGGGGUUUUAUGUUGAAAUGUUCGUACCGUUUAUGGCAGUUUGUUGCAUCGAUUAGCGGUGAAGACAAGACAUUGCUGAAAAAUGGGUUUGAUCUGCAAGGGCUUUACCGGGCUCAAAAAUAGGUUUAUCGUCACUCAAAACAAACAUGACCUAAAAUAAAUUGUGGUUUUGUGGAUGGUGUGCCAAAGAAUCUUUAAAACUUCAAGCACCUGUUUUUUCUCUGUGCUUGUAACGUUUAAAGCAUUGUAGCUAUUUUUAUUAAGGAAAAAAAGAUAUAUAUUAGUUUUAAGAGAGUUUUAAGUUUAUAAGUAUGUGAGUGAAAGGUUUGCAAGUUUUGUUAGAAUCCAACUACUGUUUUAUGUGCUCUAGUUUUUUUCAUUGGUCUGCACAGUAAACAGCAGUUGGGUGCUAAAGCUCCGCCUACUCAGGUGUUUUCUAUUUUUAUAUGGAGUCCUGGGGGACCAAUCCAGGCCUGCGUUACUCUUAUCACACGUUCAGACAGUGUCCAAGAUAUCUGUCGGAGAAGAUAAUUCGCUGAAUUUUGUUUGUAGGAUGAUGUAAUACGUGAGCAUCCUUAGGUGCCGACAAAAAAAAACACGGAUAAAAAGUGAGUUGCCGUGGCAAUCAACGAUGAACUAGAAAAGGUGACGUGCAGACAUAUAGAAAAUACCUGAUAGUGUUAAUUCUUAUGGAGGCAAGUUUUUCAUGUUGGUACAAAUAUAAUGUAUUGUUUGAUGUAGAAAAACUGGCUUGGAAACAAAGCCCCCGCAUCGUGCCUUGUGACAUCACUUAAUUUUUUAAGUGGUGUGAAAACAUGUCUUUUUUGCAAGUGUGAUUCAAGACGAAAUUUUGUCCUGAAUAUGACACGUGACCAGUCAAUAUUGAAUUCAAUAUCAUUUUGUCCAUGUGUCUAGUGAGACCGAGGCAGAUGUGACGUUCGCAAGGUUGGUGUCUUUGUAAUGUAACUUAAAAAAUUGGUUGCUCGCGUUUCGUGUAUUGAUUUGAUCAUUUCUGUGAAAGCCAAAUAUGCAAUGCAUCGUUGCCCAAGAAAUAGUCACACAAAACUGUGAGCAGAAAUUCAGGACAACUUGCACACGACAGCCAAUUUUGGACAACCGUCAUCACAGACACCACUGUGGUUGUUGAAGAAAUGUCCGUCAGUUUUGUUGCUGGUUACGAUAGACCAAAACACCUUACAGCUUUAGUGUGUUCAUACUCGCCAGCUAUGUGUGAAACAAGGUUUUACUCUCUGUUGAAUGUUAGAGGGUUUGUGUGGCUGCCAUCUUGCUGGCCAGUGCUUUUGUUCCACGGGGUAUGCACAAAGGAAGUUACCGUGUGGAGCAAAAGAACUGCCCUGCAAGAUGGCUACCAUGCAAAGCCUCUGCUCUUCAGUAUUUACUGGUCCAUGCCAUUGAAAGGGGAGAUUUGACAUUUUUUGAAAAAGGAAAAUAAAGUGAUUUGAGCAGUUCACGUAGCAGUUCUCUUUAGCAGAGCCCCGGGAAAUUGUAAUGCAGCCUGAAGCAAAAGAACACGAACAAACAAUCACAAACAAACAAUUGAAGCAUGAAAAAUCCACAGAUUUAGAAAUAACGGCGGAAGUGGAGGUGUUUUUAACGUAAGCGUUAAGUGCGAUUCAAGUUUUUUUUUCAGUUGGAAGUUUUUUGGACAAAAAAUUUUUGGAAAAAAAAAAAUGAGUGUUGUAAAUCAGGUUUUAUGCCCUGUUGUAGUGGUUAUUGAGGUUAUUACCAUCAUCAUCACCAUCAUUCCAUCAUCAAUAAAUCAUCCAAGAAUUAUUGAAA